CAAAAGCCCCACAAGAGAGACAUGCUUGUCUGUGUGUAGUCCCUUUUAUGUAUGUUCUUUAAUCUCUCCCACUCUCUUCUGUUCUGUUCUUGUCAUUGUGUAAGGGUUUUUGUCUUUAACCAAGAAAAAAACCAGAUUCCAUGAACUGGGUUUGUCUUUAAUUUUUCUGGUUUCUUGAUUUAUCUUGUACCCUGUUUGUUCAAUAGGACACAUUUGUCUCUUCUUGAGUAGAAAAAAUAAAAAAAGAAGACUUUGUAAGGAAAGAUAAUCUUAGUCUAGCUUGGAAGACUAGUGUUGAGUGUGGGAGAGACAAAACAGAAUGGCUUCAUUGGCUUAUGUUGAGGACAAGAUGAAAACAAAUGGCUUGGUUAAUGGAGGAACAACAACAAUAACUUCUCAAUCUACUCUGCUUGAAGAGAUGAAAUUGUUAAAGGAUCAGUCAGGAACAAGAAAGCCAGUGAUAAACUCUAUGCUAUGGCAUGCUUGUGCAGGCCCUCUUGUUUGUCUCCCUCAAGUUGGUAGUUUAGUGUAUUACUUCUCACAAGGACAUAGCGAACAGGUUGCUGUUUCAACCAGAAGGUCAGCAACAACCCAAGUUCCUAAUUACCCAAAUCUUCCAUCUCAGUUGAUGUGCCAAGUCCAUAAUGUUACCCUUCAUGCAGACAAAGACAGCGACGAAAUCUAUGCUCAGAUGAGUCUACAACCUGUUCACUCCGAGAGAGAUGUCUUCCCUGUACCAGACAUUGGGCUAUUAAGAGGAAGCAAGCACCCAUCUGAGUAUUUCUGCAAAACGCUUACCGCAAGUGACACAAGUACCCAUGGAGGUUUCUCUGUUCCACGUAGAGCUGCAGAGAAGCUAUUUCCACCGUUGGACUACACAGCACAGCCACCAACGCAGGAGCUUGUAGUUCGAGAUCUUCAUGAGAAUACUUGGACAUUUCGCCAUAUCUACCGAGGGCAACCAAAGAGACAUCUCCUAACAACAGGAUGGAGUUUGUUUGUUGGCUCAAAGAGAUUGAGAGCUGGAGAUUCCGUUCUGUUCAUCAGGGAUGAGAAGUCGCAACUGAUGGUUGGUGUGAGGAGAGCUAACCGGCAACAAACAGCACUUCCUUCAUCAGUACUCUCAGCUGAUAGUAUGCACAUUGGUGUUCUUGCUGCUGCAGCUCACGCAACUGCAAACCGCACUCCUUUCUUGAUUUUCUUUAAUCCAAGAGCGUGUCCAGCAGAGUUUGUGAUUCCUCUAGCUAAGUACCGUAAGGCUAUAUGUGGAUCUCAGCUCUCUGUUGGUAUGAGGUUUGGAAUGAUGUUUGAAACUGAGGAUUCAGGGAAACGUAGAUACAUGGGAACCAUUGUUGGAAUAAGUGAUUUGGAUCCAUUGAGAUGGCCUGGCUCUAAGUGGCGUAACCUUCAAGUUGAAUGGGAUGAGCCUGGAUGUAAUGAUAAGCCGACUAGGGUCAGUCCAUGGGAUAUUGAAACACCUGAAAGUCUCUUCAUCUUUCCCUCGUUGACCUCAGGACUCAAACGUCAGCUCCAUCCAUCUUACUUUGCUGGUGAAAACGAUUGGGGUAGCUUGAUCAAACGGCCAAUUAUCCGUGCUCCUGAUUCAACAAACGGGGUUCUUCCUUACGCAUCAUUCCCAAACAUGGCUUCAGAGCAGCUUAUGAGAAUGAUGAUGAGACCUCACAACAAUCAAAAUGUAGCUACAUCUUUCAUGCCUGACAUGCAGCAGAAUGUUUUGAUGGGGCAUGGAGGUUUACUAGGAGAUAUGAAGAUGCAGCAACCAAUGGUGAUGAACCAGGUGGUGCAGGUGCAGCCAGAAAACAAUCUAACUGUGAACCAAUCUGCUUCCAAUACUAGUGGUCAAGAACAGAAUCUGUCACAAAGUAUGAAUGCUCCUACAAAAACUGAAAACAGCUCUGGGAGAGUCAAUCAUGGUAAUGAGGAGCAGUCAAUAGAACAGGCUAGAGUGUGUAAUGAAGAGAAGGUUAAUGAGCUGACUCAGAAACCGGGUGCCUUGUCUCCUUUACAAGCUGAUCCAUGUCCUGAACAGAUAUACCCACCACAGUCUGAUCCAACAAAUGGGUUCUCUUUCCUGGAAACAGAAGAGCUAACAUCACAGGUCUCUUCUUUCCAGUCUCUUGCCGGAUCAUACAAGCAACCACUAGUGCUAUCCUCCAACGAUUCUUCACCUGUUGUGCUACCUGAUUCAACAAACUCAUCACUGUUUCAGGAUAUGUGGGACAAUCAGUUAAACGGUCUAAAGUUUGACCAGUUCAGUCCCUUGAUGCAGCAGGACCUUUAUGGUAGUCAGAACAUGUGUAUGAGUAAUACCACAAACAGCAACAUUCUAGAUCCUACCGUUCUUGAUGACUUCUGUGCCAUCAAAGAAACUGACUUCCAGAACCACCCUUCUGGUUGUUUGGUCGGGAACAACAACAACAACAGCUUAGCCCAAGAUGUGCAGUCGCAGAUCACAUCUGCUAGCUUUGCAGACUCACAGGCCUUCUCUCGUCAAGAUAACUCUGGAGGAACUGGUACAUCUUCAAGCAAUGUUGAUUUUGAUGAUACUAGUCUGCUGCAGAAUAGUAAAGGCUCAUGGCAGAAACUUGCAACGCCCCGUGUCAGAACUUACACCAAGGUCCAAAAAACCGGGUCAGUUGGGAGGUCUAUUGAUGUCACAAGCUUCAGGGACUAUGAAGAGCUAAAAUCUGCAAUUGAGUCCAUGUUUGGACUAGAAGGAUUGCUCACUCGCCCACAAACCUCUGGAUGGAAGCUUGUGUAUGUUGAUUAUGAGAGUGAUGUUCUGCUUGUAGGAGAUGAUCCAUGGGAGGAGUUUGUGGGAUGUGUAAGGUGCAUAAGGAUACUGUCGCCAACAGAGGUUCAACAGAUGAGUGAAGAAGGAAUGAAGCUUUUGAACACCGCAUGCAUUAACGAUCUCAAGGCUUCUGUUUCAUAA